ACACGAGGAAAUCAAACUCGAAUGAGGUGACGAAGUUUUUUAAACGUCGAAUUAUGGUUAUUAGUAUCUCUGAAAUGGUGUUGUAUUUUUUAUUGUUAUGGAAUUUCAGAAAUUGCCUUUUAUGUAUCGAAGUUGUGCAGAAACAUUUAUUUUUUACCCUACCAAGAAAUGCAAAUGACGUCACGAUGUAAACAAAUCAUGAGGUUUGACUGCAAAUAAUGGAGAUAAUUUGAUAAUUUUAACUCAAUAACACUAUAAUCCACGUGAUGUUUAAAAGAAAAUGAUAUUUGUGCUUAAGAGUUCCAACUUCUGUUAGGUUUACAAUUUCUUAAUGAGUCAUUGUCUCAUUAAAUGACGAUUUUUAAAGUGAAAUACUUAAAAAAUCUUCGUGUUAGGACAAGUACAAUGGAAAAAUUGCCGGUUAUUGAAGUUAGUGAAGAAAAUUUUGUUAGUGUUUUACCAGCUAUAAGAGAUGCGAUCAGCAAAGCUUCAUUUGUGGCCAUUGAUUGCGAACUCAGUGGCCUUGGACAGCGGAAGAAGAUCAAUUAUCCAGAGAUAGAUUUCCGUUAUCAGUAUAUGGCUGAAGUCGCACGCAAAUAUGCAGUUGUGUCUCUGGGUUUAUCUUGUUUUACCUGCAAGUCAGUGAGCAAUCUGAAAAUUGAAAAUAAAGAAGGGGGAUGUGGACAAGUCCUUAGCCAUGAUUAUCUAGUGCAGACUUUUAACUUCAUCACAUUAUGUUCUGAUGACUUCACCGUAGAGUGCAACUCAUUCAAAUUCCUUGAAAGACAUGGCUUUGACUUCAACAAGUUAUAUGCCAAAGGACUGCAGUAUUACAAAGGAUGUGAUAAAGAGAAAGAGGAGAAUCCAAAUAUUCGUCAUGUAUUGUCAAACAUUCUAGAGCACAGAAAACCUGUUGUGGUUCACAAUGGCCUUUUAGACUUGGUAUAUCUUUAUCAAGCAUUUUAUGCAGAACUUCCCAAAAAGUCUGAAACCUUUGCAGCAGAUCUGUCAGAUAUGUUCCCAUGUGGAGUGUAUGAUACAAAGUAUAUAGCAGAGUUCCAUCAGUCUGUGCCUGCAACAUAUCUGGAGUAUCUGUACACAAAAAUGCAGUUGAAGAAUGCUCACAGAGAAGUUUCAGAGAAGUGGCACGUUAGGGUAACUUUCCCCCCUUACCCAAGCAACCUGGCCAACAUAGACUGGUACCCAUACUUACAGAUCCAUUCAUAUGAUGCCAAGAAUGAUGACGAUGGCCUAGAAGUUUGUGAUACAUAUGCCUAUCAUGGAUGGUGCUCAAAAGGUAGUGAAUGUGGAAACAGCCAUAAUAUAAAUAAAAUAGUCAAACAACUUCAACCUAAGGCUGCUAAGAAGAGUAGUUCAACUGGCAGAAAAUACAGUGGGCCAAAGACAGGGUCGCUGGUGCACAUAAUACAGCAGGCUGCUCGGAAAGAAGAAAUGGAGAACAACAAAAGAACAAAUGAAGACCUCGAACCAGACAGGAAGAAAAAUAAAAUCUCCAGUGUCAGAUCAGGAAGUAUGAAGAAUGGAAAUGAAUCAUGCCAAGAACAUAAUAGUGACUCCAAAUCCAGUGGAAUAAAUAACCAAAAUAGCAAAAAUGCAGGAAGUCAUAAAGCAGGAUAUGACGCCUUCAUGACUGGAUUCAUAUUUGCAUCGUAUGUAGCAGAAAAGGGAGUGUUAAGCACUAAAAAUAUCAGUUACACAGCUGACAGUUUAGGUCUUAGUGAGGAAAAUAAUAAGAUGUAUUUGGUUGGAAAAAAUAUCCCUUUUCUGAUAAGAACUAGUGCAUAUGCAAACAUGUCUACAAAUCACAUGUCAAAAAUUGCAAAGAUAAGAAAUGACUGCACAAGAUGAAGUUAUCAAUAUAAAAAACAAAAAACAAAAAAACAAAAUUUACUACUGUUUUAUUAUUAUUUUUCUUUGAAAUACUUUUAUUGGAAGCUUUUGCCCAUGUGUAACAUAUCAUACCUACUUAUUUUCAGUUUCUGUUAUUAAUAUAAAAGUGGAAGGUGAAAAAAAUACAUGCUGAAUAAAAAACAUAUAUUCUACUAUUUUGUAAAAGAAAGUGAAGGGUAGGAUUGGUACAUAUUACCAGACUAUUUACUUUAAUUGGGGUAAAUAUGCUUCUGAUUACUGAAAGUCAGAAUUAGUUUACUUUUAUAUUGAGAAUUUAGCAUGCAAUUUAUCAGAUCACCGAGAUAAGCUUUUAUAUCAGUGUGUGAUACAUAUACAGUUUAUCAUGUUAAAUUUCUAUUGAAAUAAGAAAAUUUAAAUGUUCAUGAAAAUUUUGCUUAGAACACUGAACACAGGAAAGUGUAACAUCUAUUGGGAUAUAUGCAGAGGUAUAUUAAAUGUUGCUGCUGCUGUUGCUAUAAAAAAAAGCUGGUCAACAACCAGAAAAUAGUUUAUGUGACAUCUAGAAAUACAAAGGUUAAAAAAAUAAGACCACCCAAUUUGUAAUAAGAAAUCUUUAAAUGUUUAAAGGUUGCCAGUGAAUGAAAGAGCAAUGGGGCAAGCAUUACAGAGCAUAACAUAGUAUUGUAUAUGACCUAAGGCUCCUCAUCACCCAAACUUUGGUUUCAUUUAAGCAGAAAGACUUGCACACAAUCUAAACCUCCGUCACCAUAGUUGGCAAUAGUGGAAACUCAUCUUAUCUGUCUUGGAUGGAAAUGUGUACAGAGUGGAAGGUUCUCAUAUUACUUCUGUGGUUAGAAUAGUGUGUCAUAAAUAUGUGGUGUCAAUAAGGUCAUCAGUGUAAUAAAUACUAUAGUAAAAAAGUCAGAAAUUUACAAAAGUGAAAAAUCUAUUGUUUAAAAAAAGAAAAAAAGAAGAAGAAAAGGAAGUUUACUGUACAUAAAGCUCUAUUUCAAACUGGCAUGUAGUACUAUAGCUUCAGUAUAAAUGUCAGAUAAGAUCCAAGAAAAUGUAUUUACUUUUAUAAGACAAAGAAUUUAGUGCAGUCUGACUUAGAGAAGUUAAUACUUACUGCACUCAUUACUUCUUGUAUGUACUCCCUAGACGAGAAAAUUAAGUAAAAUAUUCCUGAUUUAAUGGACCAAUAUUCAUAAUUAUGCUGCCCUAUUCUUUAGCAUGAUAUCCCAUUUUUUUUCUUUUAUUAAAAUAAAUAAUAACUAAUAAUGUAAAUGAAUGUUAAUAUUCCUGAAGAUUAAAAAAAAAGGAUAAACAAAUCUUUAGUAUUGUAUUUUUUUUUAUUCAGAAUGUCAAAUAUUACUAAUUUAUGCUUUAAAUCACUGUUUUAUAUGAUUUUAUAUAAAUCAAACCAAUCAAGAUUACCAGAUGCUAGACAGAGCAUCUGUUAUAUAAAAUAAAUUAUGCAAACUUAUUAUUUUUUUAAAAAAAUAAUAAAAUAAAUAAAUAAAUUAUCAAACAAAAAUAUGUUCAAAUGGGAGCAUAUAUCACACUCACAUAAUUAUUCAUUCUUGCUUAUCUUCUUGUCAAAAUGUACCUUUGUAACAAUGUCCUUUAUUACUAUAUCCAUACACAUAUUAACUUUUAAUGUAAAGAAUAAUCUGUGCAAAAUACAAUUUUAUUUGUCUUCUGGAAGUAAUAUAUCAUUGAAUUUACUCAGAUUUAGCAUUCAUAUCCAUUUUUAAAAGAAUAUAGGAAUGUAAGGCACAGGUUAUGCAUAUUAUAACAUAAAUGUGUCCUUAUGCUAGUGAUGUCAAACAAUUGAGCAGUGAGACACCAUGAUGAACAAUUUUUUAUGAAUUAUGAAAAACAUUUAUUCUCAGCUAAAAGCUGACUUAUCAUAUUUUAUUUCCUUAAAGUAUAAAAAAAACUUUUGCAGUCUUGAGCAGCAAAUCAACUUUAAAAUAAAAUGUAAAUCUGCCUGCAAAGGAUUUUAGUGAAGUGAAAUGGGGGGGGGGGGUACUGUCCCAAGAACACUUUUAAAUCCAGUAGGUUUAGUUUAGUAAAGGUUUAUCUGACCACUUGUAAUGGUCAAGUUGUAAGCAUUCACUGUACCUACUUAUACUUAUCCCAACAAAUUGUGUGGUAUUUUAUUAUGAACAUUCGUAUACUUUUUUCAUAUCAGAGAAACCGAAUCAUAAAGAUCUAUUUUACUGAAAUAAGUUGCACUGUAAAGUAUAAACUUUAUUUUAAUUUAUAACAUUAAUAUUUUGGAUAAAUAAAUGCUGAAAAAUACCCUCAAUGUGUGCAAACUUCAAUUCAUAUUUUCUCCAUUCUAGUAUGGUGCGGGAAUAACUUACAGACUGUGUAUUUGGGGUGGGAGUGCUGGUAGAGAAAGCAUCAGGUUGCACAGCAGGUGUAAGACAUUUCUGAAGAUGUAAUCAAAACCAGGCAAAUACAUCUCUUGCAAUGUGAA